AUGGCAGACGAGACGGUGGCCCUCGGGGUUUUUACCGAGUGGCUUGUGUCUGCAAUCGAAGCACUUCUCUACUCUCGACUGUCUCUCUCCUCUUCGCCUUCGCAGUCCCUCUCGCCCUCGUCUUCUGCCUCCACUUCAAGCUCCUCAUACUUCGCGGAUUCGCAGGUAUUUGAACCGCCCCAAGUGCGCAGCAGCCGGUCUCCUAGUUCGUCUUCUCUCGCGUCGUCUUCAUGCGCUUGUUCCUCUGAAUCGUCGGACUGGAAAACUUCGCCGUCCUUCUCUCCCGCUGCUUUCACUCCUUCCUUGGCGUCGCCCUUCGUUCCGCCGUUCGGCUUGCCCUGGGCGCCUCGGAUUCCGUCUCUUCGCAGCGCCCUAUUGACUUCUAUUCCUCAGCUUUUAUCCUUUCCAUACUGCCCUUACUUCUCGCUAGGCAUUGACUUUCUGCUCUUCCUGCCGCUGUCAACGGCAUUAUCCUGCGGUCUGCUUUCAUCGCUGCGCCCUCUCCUCUCGACUUGCACCGAGCCUUCAUCCUGUCAGCCCUUCUCUGCGUCGUCAUCCUCCCUAUCGUUUCCCACCAGUCUCCCGUCCGAGCGCUCGUCUCUGGAGCGCUCGCGGAAGUCCCCGUCUGUAAGCCGAACCCCACCCCCGAAUGUCUCGACUGGCGUGUCGCUGAGGGAGUGCGGCCCAGGGGAGCAUCUGGACAGCCGCAUCGACACAGGCCGCGCCGCCGAGAGCGGCAGCGGAAGCGGGGCGCGAGGGUUUUGGGGGACACUUCAAGACGGCGGAGGUCUGGCUCAUGACAGCUGCGACGAGUCUUCCGCGGCCCGUGUGUUGUCUCGCGGCGGUGGGCGUGUAGGCUUUAGUGAAGGCAGCGAGCGCGGCCGCGAGAGCGGCUCGGCAGCGCCUGGCGGAUUUUCCCCCGCGUCUGCCGUGGCGGGCGCUUUCGGAGCGAAUGCCGGUUCCUACGGGAAGAGCACAUUCGCGCGGCGCGGCCCUCGAGACGACGCAGAGCGAGACAAUCUGUUGCAGGGCGGAGCGGCCUUGGCCUCCUCACCCCUCUCUGCAUGCCCUGCCACCGACCCCGCAUUGGGGCCAGCAGACUCUGCUUCGUUUGGAAGACACGUCCGCGAGCAGGACAACGCGGUGGUGUGCGUGCUCCUUGAGCGGUGGUCGUUUUCGUAUGCGCCGCUGCCUCCGGGCUCGCCGCCGCCCUCCUGGUCGCCUGCAGGACCCGCUUCCGGGAUGUACGGACAGCCCCCUGACGUCCAGCACCGAAAUUUGUCGACUGCGAUGCGCGGGAUGCAUGCAUUUGCGCGUCUGCUGCCGACGUACUCUCUGCUCGCCUCUGCAUCUGCACUCCUCAGACCGCCAGCCGAAACGGAAUCCCGCGCUUCGGCCGCCUGCGACACCGGGCCCGGGCGCCUGCGAACUGCACAGUCGUUUCCAUGCCGUUUCGCGGGGACUUCGCAGAGCCCCACGUCUUCGUCGUCCGAGUCGUUGCCUUCUGUCGAGCCGCGUCCAGCUGCCAUGAGUUUGUCACCGCGCGCCGCGCGCGACGCCUUUUCGCACCCUUUUGCGGCCUCCUGCUCGCCUCGCUGGGCGUCGCCUGCGACCCCGGCGAGUGUGGCAACCGCAAGCGCCAACCCGCCACUGCGGUGCGACGACACAAGGCGCGUCUCGUUUGAGGACGACAGUGCGGCGCUCAGCGCUGCUUCGCAGCCGCAGUGGGCUCUUCAGGCUUCCGUCGCGUUUCGGUGGGCGGACGGGGCUUUCAGUCACCGCCAGCGUGGCUCGCUUCUCCAUUCGUCUUCCAAGUCUUGCGCGUCGCCCUCUCGCAGAUCGCAGGGCGCCUCUCAGUCUUCCUCGAAUUCGUUUGCACCGGAAAUCUCAGUUGUGACCUACGCGGCGUGUGCGCCAGGCGCGACGAGGCGCCCGCAGGCGCUGCCCACGGAGUUCGCGUCUUGGGGAAUGCUGCGGGAACUUCGCAAAGCACCGGCGGAAGACGUGCGCUCGCGUUCCACGCCGGCAGCUGUAUGUCCACCGGACCCAUACCCGUACUCCAGUUUUCCGCAGAACAAGCGAGUCGUUUUUUCGCUCGUUCCGUCGACCACGAGCUCCUCUUCGGCAACUCGAGGUCUCUCCCGCCAUGACGCCGGUGGGGCCGGGCGCCGAAGCCGCAGGCGCGUCUCUACGGCCGCGGGCUCGCCUGCGCCGGGCGUGCCUCGCUCAGCGGUGGCCUGGCCUGCGACCUCUUCGGCUUCGUCGGUGACGUCUGCGACGUCUUCGCUGUCAGCAGUAUCGUCCGCGUCGUUCCCCUGCGAAAAUACUCGCUGCGGAUGCAGGACGUCGCGCAGUGAGGCCCGCAGCCUCUCGCUGGACGACGCGGGUUACGCAGAGGAGACAGGCUUGGCGCUGCCUUGCGGGAAGGGCGCCUUGACCGUGCGUGUGGCCUACCGCGAGGACAUUGCCUUUCUGCUUCAGGCUGCGGCUGAGGCGUGGAACAGUCCAUCCUUCGAUGUCGCAAAGGACGCGCACGCAUGCACCAAACGUUCCGCGUCGCUCGCAGCGUUGCCAACUCCUGCCCGCGUGCCGUCCUCAGCGUGGUCCACAGCGUCUCCCUCGAUGGGUGCCACGUCGGGCGCGUCGGCCGCCUCCGCCGCCUUGGAGCGCCUGUUGUUUCCGCUUUCGUCGCCGCACACCGCGCCUGCGAACUUCGCGGCGGGCUUCCCGCUCGCCUCAGCGGAGUCGCUUUCGGCCUCGACAUGCGGCGGCGCGCUGCCUGCGUUUCCUUCCUCGCUCACAACGACUGCGAGCUCCGAUCGCCCAGGGGACAGCCCGGCGCCGCUCCCGCGCGGGCCGCGGGCCUCGUGGGCCCUUCGCGAGGGCCUUUGCCCCGCGACCGGCUGGUUCGCUUCGCCGCUCGCGUUGACGGCCUCCGCGCCCGGCGCACCCUCGCCGCCUUCGGUCACAGACUCGGCGUCGCCGCUGGACGACUCAAGGCCAGCUGCUGAGGCACAGCCGCGCGACGAGGGAGGACGUGGCGUUGAAGCCGCGCCGCGAGACGCAGGUCAUCAAAGCGCGAGCGCCGCAUACACUAACAAGCUCAUGCCAAUAAGGCAAACAGCAGCUGACUCACAGCGCGAGGCACCUGGGGCCUGUGAGGCACGGCAGGGAGACUCUCGCGCCGCGGCUGAGCAAGGCCUCGUGGCGAAGGCCGGGUCGCGGAACGCUGCGGCACCGAUUCACGCCGCGGCCAUCCCGGCUGAUGGAGACUCGCGUUUUCAUUCGCGAGCCCCUUGGGGCCGUAGCCGAAAAUUUGUUGAGCCGUGCGAGGUGGAGAGAGAGGUUGGGCCGCUGGACGACACGCCUGCAAGACCCUCGGGACGGCAGCGCUGUGCGGACGCCUUAGGCGGCCUUGACAACGACGCGGAAAGGAGACGUGAGGCCGCCGUCGCCACGGCAUGCCACGCGAGCCCACCACGUGAGUUUUCUGGAAUCGCUACGGGAAGUGUAUCAGGGACGCGGGGACCCGCGGCGAACUGCGUAGAGCUCAGCGACCGCCAGGCGCAGACUUUGGAGCCGCGGCCGGCGACGCUGGGAGAGGCGCUAGACGGAGCAGAAGGGUGCCAAAAAGGCGGGGCUGGGGCCGGAGGCGACCGCGUUCGUCCGGAGGUUGAAAUCCCAGGAGUCAGUGAGCCGCAGGUCGUGAGGACGCCGAAGGAUUCCUCCAUCCAGGGGAUUUGCCGCGACCGAAGAGAGGAUAGCAACACGAAGCAGCCCGAGCCGCUGCCGAUGUCGCUCUGCGCCGCGACGCGUUCAGGCUCACGUUCGGCUCUCCCGGCCUUCUCUUCUUCCUCGUCCCGGCGCCAAGACGCCUGCCGUGCCUCCGACGUCCUCUGUCCGGCGCCGCCCCCAGCGCCGCCGUCGGCUCCCUCGGCGGCGCCGCCGUCGGCCACGACGGGCGGCCCCGCCGCGACGCCCGUCCAUCCGGCGACAACCAGCGGCGCGCUCACGGAGGCGCAGACGCGCUGGGGGCUGCUUUUGGAGCGCUCUGCUGCACUGGCUGGCGAUGACGCGUACGCACGCGUUCCGCCCCCGAACGGGGCUGUCUCCGCUGCCUCCGGGUCGGCGCCGCCGCCUGCGUCGCUGUGGUGCGCCUCUUCUCGUGCAGCUGCGGGGCUAGCGUCGUCGGCCUUCGCAGCUUCGUCUGGCUUCCUGACGGGCUCCGCGCGCACGUCGCCCGGCUUCGGCAGGAGGGUGGCUGGUGUUGACUCGCUUCCCGACCCUCCUUUGACUUCCCCGCGUUUGUCUUCAGGGGCCCCCGCCCCGCGGCAGUACGCAGUCGCGCGGCUGCCCGCGAAGCUGGAGCGGCGGCAGGCGCGGCUGCUCAGGCACCAGCAGAGGGGGCGUGCAGGCGGACGGGCGCGGGAGGCCAGCGCGGACAGCGCAUCCUCAGAGGGAAGCGAGACAGAGGAGGAAGGCGGCGCGCCGACCUCGACAAAGCAGGGCCGCCUCCCGCCUCAAGGAGGUCGCAGCGCGCUGCACGAGGAAGGCGAGGCGUUGCCGGAUGGAUUCUGGGAUGCUGCCCGAGAGGCUGGGCGGUGCGAGCCGCUGGGCGCCCGCGAGCGGAUCUCCGCGUUUUCAUCUUUCUCGUCGGCGUCCGUGGUGGCAAUGUUUUUCCGGAGCCCCGAGCCCCAGGGGACGCGGAGCCCGCAGAGGCUCGUCGAGGCAUCUGGGGUUUCCGAGCGCGAUCCCGAAGAACAGGGAGAGAGACGACGACGCCCACAGGCUCCCCGGACACUGGCGACGCAGGCGGACUCGGCCGCCGCGGCGUGUCGUGACGCACGACGCCGCGGCGAAGGGCUUUCAUUCGACCCGCUUUUCUUUGACUGGACGGAGGAGGAAAUGGUGUAUGUACACUCCAGUCUGGCGAGCCCCUGCCGCCGCGGAGGCCCCGACAGCCAGGCUGGGCCUUCCGCCGGCGGUCAGCCGCCUCUUGCUUUUUCGCUUUCAACGCACGACACUGCAAAGGCUCGACGCAGCGGGUCGCCACGACAGGACGCGCCUCCCGAUGCGCCGAACUCAGAGGCCUCUUCGCUGCAGCGCCCUCGACACGCGGAGGGCGGUCGCGACUCAGGCAACGCGGCAGAUCACACAGAGAUAGAAGACUUCUGCGGCGAUCCCGCGGCUGCGUUCGCGGGUGGACGCCGCCCGAAGCUUAUUAAGACGUUUGAUUCGAGUGAUAGCGACUCCCCAGACGAUGCACAAGCAUUCGCGAGUGUGUGGCUCAUCGCGGAGCUCGUCGCGCCCUCGUACAGGGCCAGCACACGGCUGAGACCGGCGCGGGAAGAGGCGGAAGCUGAAAAUCCCAGAGGAAGCAGAAGGGGACACACGCCUCGCAAGGAAGCCACGCCAACGGCAGAUGAAGGUUCGCCAGUUUUGGAGAGCCCCGUGGCUCAGGUUCAGCUCCGACCUUCGUCGGUGGGGGUCGUCAGGGCUUCAUGCGGCGCGUCUUCAGUUGCGCCUUCGUCGAGCAGUUUGGCCUCGAGCUGGCUGUUCCACGAUUCGCUUUCUUCGCAAAGAACACCGCCGAGCUGUCGACCGUCUCCAGCCUUUUUUGUGUCUCCGUCCAUGGCUGCGGACUCUCGCGCUUCGGCGGGCAGGCCCCAAGCCGCUGUCGCGCCGCCAGGCUGGUAUGUGGAGGCCUGGCAGGAGGCGCUCACGGGCGUUCACCGCGAUGAACUGCGGCGUCAUCUUGCUGGUGCCAUGUCUAUUUCCAAUGCGGGUCCAGAUUCUGGUGCGCGUCGGCUGGAGCCUCAGGCGCCUUGGGCGCAAUCGCUGUCGCCUUACGCAGUCGCUGUGAGGGCGUCGGAGGGAGCUCUGGCGGCAUUUCUCGCUGAGCAUGACGGGGAAGCGUCCUUCGAGCUUUUCCUGGAGCGAGCCGACCGCGAAGGAGCGCGGGCGGCGGUUCCACCCAAGGGUGAGAAAGGCUGCGGACACAUAUCUGCGACAUGUGACAGCGACUGGAAUUCUGCGAAGAUCGCGGGGGGACCUAACGACUCCGACCGAUACGACAUUUUGCUCGCUGCGCAGCUAGCGCGUCUUCUCCGCUCGCCCAUCGAAGGCCCUCGUUCGGGUCGCGGGCGCUCCCCCCGGUCGGUGUCUCCCUCUGCGUCGACGCCGUCUCGCGUCUCGCCCUCUCCGCGAACUUGCGCGCCGGCAGCGCCUCGAGACUCACGUGAGGCUGCGCCGCCUUCCAGCGGGCGCUGUGGGGGCGGAGCGGCGCCGUCGCUCAGGCAUGCAGAGGCAAGCGGAACGCGACAAUCCGCCGGGGCGGCGACGACGCUGAGGGCAGCGCGUGCGAUCGCCGGAGGGAGUCGCACGGGGAAGGUGAAGCGAGGCACGUCAAGAGAUAAAGCGCGUCUCGCGCGCGAGUUGAAACUGCUGGAAACUCAGCUCAACUAUUUUGUGGGCCUGGAACGCCGCCUGCUCGCCCCGGGCUCUGGGCUCUCUUCGUUCUGA